GUUCUAGUUAGUAGUAGCCUUACCCACUUUACAAAAGCCAGUUUCGUGGAAGUACCCUUUCUCUCUAAAAAAAGGCUCAAACCCAUCGGAUUGGGCAUCCAAUCAAAACAGCAAAUGCAUGCACCUCUUCCCAUAUAUAACUCAACACCCAAACCCAUCCUUCCUCUCAUUCUCUCCUUAACUUCCUCUCUCUCUGGCGCAUUUUCACAAACACCACUCACUCAUCUCACUCACCUCACAAAACCAACCAACACUGUUUCAAUGGAAGCAAUGAACAGGUGCUCGUCUUCCACUUCCUCUUCCGACACUUCCUCUUCAGAGUCUUCUCUUCCCAGAAAUCCCAACAAGCCGGAACGCAUCAAGGGUCCGUGGAGCGCGGAAGAGGACCGGGUCUUGACCCGGCUCGUCGAGCGCUACGGACCCAGAAACUGGUCCUUGAUAAGCCGGUACAUAAAGGGUCGGUCGGGUAAGUCUUGCAGGCUCAGAUGGUGCAAUCAGCUGAGCCCGAACGUCGAGCACCGACCCUUUUCGCAGGCUGAGGACGAGACCAUUUUGGCUGCCCAUGCCCGAUUCGGGAACCGGUGGGCCACCAUUGCCCGGUUGCUCCCCGGUCGAACCGACAACGCCGUGAAAAACCACUGGAACUCGACGUUGAAGAGAAGGGUAGGAGGAGAACAUCACCAUCAUCACCAAAUGGACGGCGUUCAUUUUGUUGGCGGUGGCGGCAAUGUAGCUAAUAAUGAAGGGAUGAGCACGAGUUCGGUUUCUGGAACUUUGGUUAAUGGGUCGGUGGAGUUUGACCCGUUGACCGAGUUGACUUUGGCGCCGCCGGGGAUUGGCGGGGCCGCUAUGGUGUCGGCGCAGCAAAGGAGUGAGAGUUUGCCGUCGGGGUUUUGGGAUGCCAUGAGGGAUGUUAUAGCUAAGGAGGUUCGAGAUUACGUGUCAACAACAUUUUCUGAGCCUUCUGGGCUUCGUUGAUUAUUAAUCAAUGUUCUUAAUUUCUAUUAAUGUCCUGUUAAUAUAUGUGGUUUUCAAUUAGCUCUCGUAAGGCAAAUGUAAGAUUUUUCGAGUGCCUAUAAACUAAGAAGCUUUGCAAUGGGUUUGUAGCAGUUAACUGCCGUUAUCAUUGCACCCGACAUCUUAUGUUCGAAUCUCCUCUCCUCCUU